UACCUUUUGCACAAAUCAUUAAAUUAUAUCAGUUAACAUGUUCAGCUCAGGCGGUGGAUUUGGAAAACCUUCUCAAGGUCGUGGUGGAAGCUCUGGCUUAUUUUCAAUGGGCAAUUCAAACUAUUCAGCUCCUCCUCCUCCUCCAACUUACCAACAACAGCCAUUGCAGAAUUCUAGCGCAUACACAGUUAUCAAUUGUCCUAAUAAUAUGAUAGCUUUAUCUAAUAAAGUAGCUAUAAGCAGCCGAAACGGAAUUCCUGAUAAUUCUUUUAUUAUAAUAAAUAAUAGAUUUGUAUAUACCACAAUGUUUUCUGAAGAAAUUCCUCCAAGAACAAUUGGUUUCAAUGGAACUCAAAGAAGCUUUUUAAAUCUUUCAUUAAAUGAACCAAUAAAUGUUCAGGCCUAUAGAUUAAGAAAAGAGGACCGAUUUUAUAUCGGUUCAAUGAAUUUAGAAAUAACUUUUAGAAAUAGGAAUAAAGCUGUUAAUACAAAAUUUGAUCAAGAUGAGUUAUCAACUCAUUUUAUCAGAAAUUUUAAUGAACAGAUGUUUCAACCCACACAGGCUCUUUUGAUGGAAUUUAAAGGUAUUAUAUUUGAAAUUCUUAUUCAAUCGUUGCAAUGCUUUAAUCUUGUUGAUGUUGAACCAUCAAGUGGUAACGAGUCAAAAGAUGUUAAUACUAAAGGUAUAUUAACAACCAAAACUCAAAUUAAUUUUUUCAAGGGAAGAGAUGGGUUGAUUCAACUAAAAGGAUCAACAACAAGACCAAGAGCUGAUGCAAUUAUUCGCCCUGAUUUUAAAUUUGAAGAAAUGGGAAUUGGUGGUUUGGAUAAUGAAUUUACUCAAAUUUUUCGUAGAGCAUUUGCAAGUAGAAUUUUCCCUCCUGGCAUUGUUGAAAAGUUGGGUAUUUCACAUGUUAAAGGUAUGUUACUAUAUGGUCCUCCAGGUACCGGUAAAACUCUUAUUGCUAGAAAAAUAGGUAACAUGCUUAAUGCUAAUGAACCUAAGAUUGUCAAUGGUCCUGAAAUUUUGAGUAAAUAUGUUGGUUCUUCUGAGGAAAAUAUUAGAAACUUGUUUAAAGAUGCCGAAACAGAGUACAAAUCAAAAGGCGAGGAAUCAAGUUUGCACAUCAUUAUAUUCGAUGAGUUAGAUUCUGUUUUUAAACAAAGAGGUUCAAGAGGCGAUGGAACAGGUGUUGCAGAUAAUGUUGUUAAUCAAUUAUUGGCAAAAAUGGAUGGUGUCGAUCAACUAAACAAUAUUUUAGUAAUUGGUAUGACAAAUAGAAGAGAUUUGAUUGAUAAUGCUUUACUUAGACCUGGUAGAUUUGAAGUUCAAGUCGAAAUAUCAUUGCCUGAUGAACCUGGAAGAAAACAAAUUCUUUUAAUUCACACAAAAAAAAUGAAAAAUAAUAAUAUGUUAAAUCCCGAUAUUGAUUUUGAUGAAUUAGCAAAGCUUACUAAAAACUUUAGUGGGGCCGAAAUUGAAGGUCUUGUUAAAUCAGCUACAUCCUUUCAAAUCUCUAAAAAUAUUGUUGGCACUAAAAUUAAUAAAGAUGUGGAGAAAAUGCAAAUUUGUCGUGAUGAUUUUUUACAAGCAUUAAAUGAAGUUAAGCCUGCAUUUGGCGUUAAUGAAGAGGACUUAGAAUUGUGUGUUAGAGGUGGAAUCAUUCAUUAUUCCUCUACAAUAGAACAGAUUCUUCGUGAUGGAUCAAGAUUUGUUAAACAAAUAGCUGAAGAUAAAAAUACUACCUUAUUAAGCGUCUUAAUGUAUGGACCAGAUGGAUCUGGAAAAACAGCAUUAGCAGGAACUAUUGCACUAAGAUCUAAAUUUCCGUUUAUAAGAUUGAUUUCACCAAAUGAAAUGAUUGGAAUGACUGAAAAUGCUAAGAUUGGUUAUAUCGAUAAUGCCUUUAGAGAUGCUUAUAAAUCACCAUUAAAUAUUUUGGUUGUUGACGAUCUCGAAUCAAUUUGCGAUUAUGUUCCAAUUGGACCAAGAUUUUCAAAUAAUGUAUUGCAAUGUUUAAAAUCUUACCUUAAAAGAGUUCCGCCAAAAAACAAAAGGUUGCUAAUUUUAUCGACCACAUCGUCAUAUACUGUGUUAAGACAGAUGGAACUUAUUAAAUGUUUUACGAAUAAAAUCCCUGUACCUAACCUCAGCAACAUCACAGAGUUACAGGCAGUCAUGGAAAAGAUGAAUUUUCUUGAUGAAGAGAAAAGGCAAUAUAUUGUUAAUCAAGUUUCAAACAAUUUAGGAACAGACAAGCUAAACAUAGGCAUCAAGAGUGUGGUCAGUAAUGUUAACACUGCUAGAUUUGACGACGAUCCCAUUAACGAGUUGAUUGACUUAAUGUCAGAGAUUCAGAUUUGAUUUUUGAUUGGAUACAUAGAUAGAUAACAUGAAUAUGCCUUUUACUUUUUUCUUUGAGAAAUUGUUGCACUGGUGACAGUUUUCGUGCGAAAUAUUUGUAGUUUUUCUCCGGAAUUAUUCCGACUGGAGAUAUUUUUGGGGCUUAUCAACAGAUUAAGGCUUCUUUAGCAAAAAGUUUUCUCUGCACAAUAUUUGAUUGACGAAAUUUCUCUAUUUUUCAAUGACUAAUCUUUGAAAACUGAAAUAUCUAUUUAACCAACUCUCAGC